AUGAAGCUGAACAUCUCGAACCCACUGAACAACGUUCAGAAGAGCAUCGAAAUCGACGACGAGAAGAAGCUGCUGCCGUUCAUGGAGAAGCGCAUAGGGAACGUCGUCCCCGGGGAUUCCAUAGGCGAAGAAUUUUUAGGAUACGUGUUUAGAAUAACGGGAGGAAAUGACAAACAGGGAUUUCCCAUGAUGCAAGGAGUGUUAACCAACAACAGAGUAAGAUUAUUAUUUAAAAAAGGUAUGAAGUGUUAUAGGCCAAGAAAAAAAGGAGAAAAAAGAAGAAAAUCUGUAAGAGGUUGUAUAGUAGGCCAAGAUUUGUCAGCACUAAAUCUAACCCUAGUUAAGAAAGGUACAAACGAAAUUCCAGGAUUGACUGACAAAGCAGUUGGAAAAAAACUAGGACCUAAAAGAGCCACAAAAAUUAGAAAACUUUUCAACUUGGACAAAACUGAUGAUGUUAGAAAGUAUGUUAUUGGAAGAGCCAUUUCGAAAAAUGGAAAAAACCGAUUCAUUAAACCUAAGAUACAGAGACUUGUUACAGAAAAGAGACUACUACGUAAGAGAUCACUCUUAGCAAAGAAAGAAAAGCGCAGAUUAGAAAAGAAAAAAGUAAUUAAAGAAUAUAAAAAGGUAUUGAACAAGUACAGAAAUGAACUGCUGACUAGGACAGAUGAUGAUACGGGAAAAAAGAAAAAAGUGAAAAAAUCCCUUUCGAAAGAUAGCCAGAAAAAAGGAGGAAAGAAAAAAGAUAAAAAAAAUUUAAAGGGGGACAAAGCAGAGAAAGGCAAAAAAGAUGCCGUUAAAAAGGAUGCCGUUAAGAAGGACGCUGGUAAAAAGGAUGCUGGCAAAAAGGACGCUAGCAAAAAGGAUGGCACCAAAAAGGAGGUAGCCAAGAAAGACGCAGGAAAGAAAGCGACAUCGGGAUCCCCAGCGACGAGCAAAGUCAAAGAGGAGAAACAGUCCAAGCAGGACAGCAAAGCGGUGAAGGUGGACAAGAAGGCCCCCGCCAAGCCGCAGAAGGACGUCAAGGGUGGCAAGAAGAAGUGA